CUGUGACGUAUCACCGCAUCAACAGUGCAUUCUGGGUCCGACCCAAGAUGGCUGCGCCCUUGUCGAAGUGCUGAAGAAGUGCAUCUCUGAAUCGCUGGAUUUGUGCGUGAAUUGCGUGGAAGUUGUCGCGCGAAAUCAUUCGAGCCGACGCCGGUACGUAGAGGGAGACCCGUGACAUCGAUCUGUGGGAGCAGCGCGUGGCCGUGGCAGCGUGUCCGCGUGAAGAUGGGCCUCGUCUCGAGCCUCUUCCCGUAGCGAGGAGCCGCGGGGAGAGGAGCCGCAGGAGCCACGCGCUCUCUCGCAGACACGCGCCCGGCCGUCCCGCUAGGACCCGACGGCUUCGACGUCGUAUCCAGACUGUGGUCGCUGCCCUACGGCUUCGUGUCCAGGAUCGUCUGUGCAGCCGUUUCUGUCCUCGUCCGGCGGAGAGUUUCCUCACCGCGGCUGGAACAGAGUCCCCGCGCACCAGCUGACAGGGCCCCCAUGAAAAUGGACUCUGAUUUGCCUCAUUCACCGGCCGUGAGCCUGGCUGAAGAAGAGGAGGCUGACACAAGUGACUGGAAGCUUCCGCUGGCCUUCAUGAAGAAACGUCACUUCGAGAAGAUUGAAGGCUCCAAGGCUUUAGCGCAGAGCUGGCGAAUGAAAGACAGGAUGAAGACGGUGAGUGUAGCACUGGUCCUGUGUCUCAACGUGGGAGUGGAUCCACCUGACGUGGUCAAGACCUCCCCUUGUGCGCGGCUGGAGUGCUGGAUAGAUCCGUUGUCCAUGAGCCCUCAGAAAGCCCUGGAGACUAUUGGGGCAAACCUGCAGAAGCAAUAUGAGAACUGGCAACCCAGGGCACGCUACAAGCAGAGCUUGGACCCCACCGUGGAUGAGGUGAAGAAGCUGUGCACGUCGUUACGACGCAACGCCAAGGAGGAGCGAGUUCUCUUCCACUACAAUGGCCAUGGAGUGCCACGGCCGACUGUCAACGGAGAGAUAUGGGUCUUCAAUAAGAACUACACACAGUACAUCCCUCUGUCCAUCUACGACCUGCAGACAUGGAUGGGGAGUCCAUCCAUUUUUGUCUACGACUGCUCCAACGCAGGAAUCAUUGUCAAGUCCUUCAAACAGUUUGCCCUGCAGAGAGAACAGGAGCUGGAGCAUCUACAGCAGACUCACCGCAUCAGCAGACUCAGUGCAUCAGCAACUCUAUACUGUGCGUACAAGAUGCAUGUGGCAGCCAUCAAUCCGAGUCACCCGCUUGCCCAGAUGCCCUUACCGCCCUCAAUGAAGAACUGCAUUCAGCUGGCUGCCUGUGAGGCCAGUGAGCUCCUGCCCAUGAACCCUGACCUCCCAGCUGACCUCUUCACCUCCUGUCUCACCACGCCCAUUAAGAUUGCCCUUCGAUGGUUUUGUAUGCAGAAGAGCGCCAAGUUGGUGCCAGGGGUGACGUUAGACCUCAUCGAGAAGAUCCCUGGUAGACUCAAUGACCGGCGCACCCCACUCGGAGAGCUGAACUGGAUCUUCACAGCCAUCACCGACACCAUCGCCUGGAACGUGCUGCCCAGAGAUCUGUUCCAGAAGUUAUUUCGCCAGGACCUGCUGGUGGCCAGUUUGUUCCGCAAUUUCCUGUUGGCAGAGAGAAUAAUGAGGUCGUACAACUGUACGCCGGUCAGCAGUCCACGUCUGCCUCCCACAUUCAUGCACGCCAUGUGGCAGGCGUGGGACCUCGCCGUGGACAUCUGCCUGUCGCAGCUGCCCACAAUCAUCGAAGAGGGCACUGCCUUCAGAGUUGUGACGGGAGUUAGUGCUGAGGACGGUGGACACGAGGAAACUACAGAGGAACAGCACAGUCCCUUCUUUGCGGAGCAGCUGACGGCGUUUCAGGUGUGGUUGACCAUGGGCGUGGAGAACCGAAAUCCUCCCGAGCAGCUCCCUAUUGUGCUCCAGGUCCUCCUGAGUCAGGUGCAUCGGCUGCGUGCUUUAGACCUGCUUGGACGUUUUUUGGACUUGGGGCCCUGGGCUGUCAGUCUGGCCCUCUCUGUGGGAAUCUUCCCCUAUGUAUUAAAGCUGCUCCAGAGCUCAGCCAGAGAGCUGCGACCACUGCUGGUUUUCAUCUGGGCCAAGAUCCUGGCUGUUGACAGUUCGUGUCAAGCUGAUCUGGUGAAAGACAACGGCCACAAGUACUUCCUGUCCGUGUUGGCUGACAGUUACAUGCCCGCUGAACACCGAACGAUGGCCGUCUUCAUCUUGGCCGUUAUUGUCAACAGCUAUAAUACAGGACAGGAGGCCUGUCUGCAGGGUAACCUAAUAGCCAACUGCCUGGAGCAACUGUCAGAUCCUCACCCCCUGCUCCGGCAGUGGGUGGCCAUUUGCCUGGGCCGAAUCUGGCAGAACUUUGACCCGGCGCGCUGGUGUGGGGUCCGGGACAGCGCCCACGAGAAACUUUACACCCUGCUGUCAGAUCCCAUACCUGAGGUGAGGUGUGCGGCCGUCUUCGCUUUGGGGACAUUUGUAGGAAACUCAGCAGAGAGGACAGACCACUCGACCACCAUCGACCACAACGUGGCCAUGAUGCUGGCGCAGCUCAUCAACGACGGCAGCCCGGUGGUCCGCAAGGAGCUGGUGGUUGCACUCAGUCACUUCUUGGUCCAGUAUGAGAGCAAUUUUUGCACAGUUGCUCUCCAGUUUAUAGAAGAAGAGAAGAACUACACAGUGCCAUCGCCGGCCAAUACAACAGAGCCUGGUAACCUGACCCCAGUGAGAGACUGUCCAGCCAUUCCACGCCUGCGAUCGGUCAACUCUUACACCAACAUCCGAGCUGCGCAAACCGUUCGCAAUCUGAACAAGAGCCUGCAGAACCUCAACCUCAGUGAAGAGGGUGGCCCAGCAGCCUUUUCCCCCGGGAACCUGAGCACCAGCAGCAGUGCGAGCAGCACUCUGGGAAGCCCUGACAACGACGAGUACAUCCUCUCCUUCGAAACAAUAGACAAGAUGAGACGGGUGUCCUCCUAUUCUUCCCUCAACUCCCUGAUAGGUGUGUCCUUCAACAGUGUUUACACUCAGAUCUGGAGAGUGCUGCUGCAUCUCGCUGCAGACCCUUUUCCCGAAGUAUCUGACCUGGCCAUGAAGGUGCUCAACAGCAUUGCAUAUAAGGCAACGAUGAAUGCUCGGCCUCAGAAGAUUCUGGACUCUGGAUCUCUCACCCGGUCAGCCCCAGCCAGUCCAACCAGCAAGGGCACACACAUCCACCAGGCUGGCGGUUCUCCUCCUAUGCCCAGCACCAGCAGCUCCAGUCUGACCAAUGAUGUGCCCAAACCCCCCACUCGAGAGCAGCCAAACACACGACUCCCUUACACCCCCACACUGGGUGGACAGGCACCCCACUCCCACCAGUUCCCCCGCACGCGCAAGAUGUUCGACAAAGGUCCUGAUCAGGCGGCUGAGGACGGAGACGAACCGGGUGGUCACAGGAACUACAUAAGCCCCGCCCUCCAGACGGGCCUGUGUGAUUGGAGUGCAAAAUAUUUUGCUCAGCCAGUCAUGAAGAUCCCAGAGGAGCACGAUUUGGAGAGUCAGGUGAGGAUGGAGAGGCAAUGGAGGUUCCUGAGAAAUGCGCGCGUGCGAAGACAAAGCCGAGCGAUCAUUCAACGAGGUAUUUCACGUCUGGAUGAUCAAAUAUUUAUCAACCGCAACCCCGGCGUACCAUCUGUGGUGAAGUUCCACCCCUUCAACACCUGCAUAGCCGUGGCCGACAAGGACAGCAUCUGUUUCUGGGACUGGGAGAAGGGGGAGAGGCUGGACUACUUCUACAACGGAAACCCUCGUUACACGCGUAUCACGUCCAUGGAGUACCUGAACGGACACGACUGCUCGCUGCUGCUCACUGCAACAGACGAUGGAGCGCUGCGCAUCUGGAAGAACUUUGCUGAUCAGAAGAACCCAGAGAUGGUGACGGCAUGGCAGGGCCUGUCCGACAUGCUGCCCACCACCCGAGGUCAGCCCUCCGCCAGCGUUCACAGUCUGGCCAGAAGGGUCUCCAUCUAUCUUGACAGGAGUAAACAAGGAGGAGCAGGCAUGGUGGUGGACUGGGAGCAGGAGACGGGUCUCCUCAUGACUUCCGGAGAUGUGAGAGUCAUCAGGAUCUGGGACACUGACCGAGAGAUGAAGGUCCAGGACAUCCCAACAGGAGCAGACAGCUGUGUGACCAGCCUGUCAUGUGAUUCUCAGCGUUCCCUCAUUGUUGCCGGUCUGGGUGACGGAUCAGUGCGUGUUUUCGACAAAAGGAUGGGCCCAAAUGAAUGUCGGAUUAUGACCUACAGGGAGCACGGAGCCUGGGUGGUCAAAGCCCAUAUACAGAGGGAGACUGAUGGACACAUUAUCAGUGUCAGUGUUAACGGGGACGUUCGAUUUUUUGAACCACGGACACCGGAUGCUGUCAACGUGCUGCAGACGGUGAAGGGAUUGACAGCCCUGGACAUCCACCCACAAGCCAACCUGUUUGCCUGUGGCUCAAUGAACCAGUUCAUCGCCGUCUACAACGCUAACGGAGACGUGAUCAGCAAUAUAAAAUACUACGACGGCUUCAUGGGACAACGGAUUGGAGCCAUCAGCUGUUUAGCUUUCCAUCCUUACUGGCCCCACCUGGCGGUAGGCAGCAAUGACUACUACAUGUCCAUCUAUUCAGCAGAGAAGAGGCUCAGAUAACACCCCCCCCCCCCCCACACACACACACACACACACACACACCACCACCUCCUCCACGUAUGACUUCUGACCCUAAACCUUGAGCGCUGGGAUAUAAGUGACAUUUUUUGUUGUAUAUAUGCAAUUGCCACCUAGAAUGUUCUUGUGACAGCUGCUGGGAAAAAAACACACACAUGCUAUGAACGAGUAUACAUACAUACAU